AAAUCCACAUGCAGCUGCUCAAAGGUAAUGGGAGGUUUAGGUACUCCACCUGGAGGCCUCCCAUCAUAUCCCCAUUGUCAGUCCAUGACCCCCAACCCACUCCCAAAUUUGCACGGUGGAGAAUCUGUGCCGGUUCCAUCAGUGGGUUCACCCGCCUCUGCCGCGCCAUCCCCACUGCCAAAUCCUCAUUCCCAACCAGCGUCAGUUCCUCCCGCCGAUCAAACGAUGCCCACUCUGAGCCCACAUCCACCACCUUCAAACAGUGGUGCUGGCCAGCCUCAGCCUGCCACCCCUUUGGAAUCUCAGGAUAAGGUCACACCCUCAGAUCUCAAUGGCCCAAAGUCAGUUUCGUCAGUAUCCAAUCAGGUGUUCUCACCAUAUCCUGCCACUUCCAGUGUAGAGCCAGUCUCAAAACCAGUGGAUAGUGUUAGUGGUGGUUCUCAGGGUCCUGCCAGUGCUCACUCAGUGCUGGCUUCAGCCCCUCUCUGCACUACCGCCCCCUCAGACUACCUGACCCUCAAACGACCUGUUCUGUCCUCCAAGGAGUAUGAGAGUUUUUUGCUGGAGGAGGACCAACCCUCGAAAUUAUUAUAUGAUUAUUCCACUCUUGAUGCAUGGUUGAAUCAUCCGGUGAAGAGAUUUAAGCCCUCUGAAACAAGAUCAACAGACUCGAUGAGACCACCUUACAACAGGCAUUCAAGUCCAACUGAUCCGUAUUCAUAUAAUUUGCAACAACAAAUUGUGGCAUCACCACCAAACAACCUGAAUCAGCCUUUUAUCAAGCAGGAGAUUAAACAAGAGCCAAGCUGCAAUAUUCCAAUGGAAGUAGACAGUGUUCAUCUGAACAAAAGGUCUGAUCCGUAUGAAUUUGAGGAUGACAUGACUGCACCUGCUGUUAGUAUGGAGGGUUUUAAACGAACUAAUUCCAUUAAGGAGGAAGAUCGAAAAGGAGGCCCAGGAAAUGCGGUGGGUCCAUUUGAUCCUGUCACUCCAAAUGGACCCACAAACAAACCUACAUCUCUUUAUACUAAUGAAGGUCUUCAAGCAUCUUAUAAAGAUCUUGAUCAGAUCUUUGAUAAUUCAGAUGACACAUCAAGUGAUGAAACUUUACAGGUGCCCACUCCUCCAGGUUCCAACAAGCCUGCUGGACUGCCAGAAGAUUCAGCUUCAAACAGCGUCGUGGUGAAGCCUCCCCGCGGUAGUGGCGGCAGCACGUCACUCAACAGUUGUGGUGGAACAGGCAUCCUGAGGCCCGAGGAGUUGUCAAAGAUGUUUCCUACGCCUCCGUCCCUAGAACAUAAUCCCAUUGCAUCACCGUGUGGGCAUUUGUCUGAUGGACCUCUGGGAGAACUUUCAGAUGGACCUGUAGGUGUUUGUAUUCCCCGUUGCAAACAGGAGAUCUAUCCAAACAUGGGCAGCCCACAAGAGGAGAAUAUAGACGAUUGGUCUUACGUGUUCCGGCUACCUGCAGUGUGCAAGUUUGUGGGUUCGUCUAAGUAUGCUCCACUUACAAACCUUCCGAGUCAGAGCCUGCCUCCAGUGACACUGCCAUCUCACUUCGUGUACAAACCUUCAUGGCAGACACAGUAUCAGCAUCAACAACAACAACAGCAGCAGCAGCAGCAGUCUGUUGAAAAAUCAGCAUCCCAACAGAGUCUCAUACCUACUGGCUCUGGACCCAACUCAAGACCUAAUUCUGUAGCCAGUAAUCAUCAUUCAAGUGCUGUAAUUCCACCUCAUGCACAUCUCCCACAUCCUGUACUGCCACCACAUCCUCAUAGCAGGGCUGGCCUCUCACCUAUAUCCCCAGCAGCACAUUUUCCACCAAGUCCGAUGACUUUGGCAGCGAUGGGAGGCAGUGGUCUCCCAAUUCAUUUGCAGCAGCAACUCCGAUCAGGCGGCCCCGGUUCGGUCGGAGGCGUUCGAACGCCUUGCCCUGCGCCGCCACCAUACGAACUUCCCAGUCCAGCAACUUCAACUGCAUCAUCCUACCUCAACAAGAAUUUAAACUCAGUAGAACCAGCACCAACACCUGUAAUGGCUCGAGCUCCAGAAGGAAAUUCAUUGGUUGUUAACAUUCUUCUAUGUGAUACUGCUCUAAAUAUCUUUCGGGAUCAUAACUUUGACAGUUGUACGUUGUGUGUUUGUAAUGCAGGGCCAAAAGUUGUGGGCAACAUCCGAGGUGCUGAUGCUGGAAUCUACCUUCCAACUCCACCUCCACAAUCACAGUCUGCCUUACCAUUCCCGCCGACCUCUCCAUUCCCAGGUAUGGGAAUGAAUGGUCCUGCCCCAUCAUAUGUGAUGGGCUCAUCCCCAGGGCAUCAUGGUGUCGCACCUAGUGUAAUGGCGAUGGUUACCGAAGAGGACCCAAUAAGGUGCAGUUGUGGGUUUAGUGCUGUUGUGAACAGGAGGCUUUCCCAUCGUUCAGGUCUGUUUUACGAGGAUGAGCUAGAAAUUACAGGUAUUGCUGAGGAUCCAGGUGACCGUAGGAAGGGUUCACUUUUGGCCUACCUUCUUCCAAACACCAGUAAAAGUGGGCAAGAAAACUUAACUGCAGGUGAUUUAGUGGAUCUGGUUCCACAGAAUGUUAUGGAACUGUUAAAAGAACAGUGUGUGAUUAUUCAGAGUUCUAGUAACUCUUUGUAUCGUGCAUCGAGACAGUUCCGCGGUAAUUUGGGACCCGAUGUGCCCUAUGGUACGACGGUGAAUGCGUUGGAGUUCAUGGAUGGUAACGACGUGACCCACGUGGCAUUAGAACAGGGACGCCAGGCGUUGUUGGAAAGCACGACGGUCGCUAUGUGCAAAGUAGAGGAGAUGCAGCAGAGACAGCAGCAAAUAAUGCAACAUGGAGGCAGGAGUUCAAAUACACCGUGUGUCCACAGGUGGCCUUACCUAAGGGCCAUGGGACCUCAAUGUAAUCAGGACAUUGUCUGGGUAAUGAAGAGCCUCAGGCCUCUUUUGCAGGAGGUGAUCCAUAAGAAGUGUACAACCAGACUCUGGGAUGCUCCAUACACCGUGAAAGGGCCGCUUACGUGGCGGCAGUUCCACAGACUUGCCGGCAGAGGGACUGAUGAUCGUUGUGAGCCUCAGCCUAUCCCGUCGUUAAUGGUUGGCCAUGAGAAGGAUUGGCUCUCACUCUCACCUUAUGCUAUUCAGUACUGGGAGAAGCUGCUCCUUGAACCAUAUUCCUAUGCCAGAGAUGUGGCUUACAUUGUUGUUGCUCCUGACAACGAUUACAUUCUUCAAAGGGUGCGCACCUUCUUCAGAGAGCUUAGUGCAACGUAUGAGGUUUGCCGUCUAGGCCGUCACUGCCCUAUUACCAAAGUUUUGAGAGAUGGGAUUCUCAGAGUUGGAAAGACAGCUGCUGUCAAAUUGGCAAAGGAACCUGUUGACGAGUGGUUUACAAUGCUUGGAGAUAAUCCAACUACAAAUAUGCUCAAACUGUAUGCUCAAGUGUGCCGGCACCAUUUAGCUCCACAUCUGUCACAGGUGCCGUUGGACAAAACAUUAUUAGAUCCUCCUGAGGGUUCACAGCCUCUCCGUGUUGCAGUGGACAGACCUCUGCCUUCACCCAUGCCUCCUCCCUCAACUCCGGAGAGUAAUCAGGGCCAAAUACCGGACAAAGCUCCCUCCACACCAAAAUCAGACCACGAUGGUGAAGGCAGUUUGAGCAGCCGCGACCCAUUGUCCAGUGGCCAGUCGAGUGGAGGUAGUGACAGCAGCCACGACGAGGACGACCAGGAGCCACCAGCCCUGGUGGUCUAUCUUGUGGAUCCGUUCACAAUAGGCAGUGACAGCACAGACCUGCAGAGGUUAGCUUGUCUUGGCCUGCUCCGCUGCUUCACCACUGUUCUCUCUGCUGUUCCAGAAAGUAUACGCAACAAUAUCAGUGUACAGCUAAUUUCGCUGGAGAGCAUUAUGGAGCUGGGGAAGUCACGUGAUCGAAUCAGGCAGAACGAUCACAUGCGAGCGCAAGCAUUCUCCGUGUUCUCUCAGUGCCGCCGCUUGCUUACACACACAUCCAACAUCAAGGCACUCACUGGCUUUGGCACUGCUGCCAUGGCUGAUAUGUUCCUUAAAAGCAAAGAUGAGAAGAAUCGAGCUCCUUACCGGCUGUAUACGCCUCUCUAUGUUUUGGCUCCUGUAAAGGAGAAGACAGAGUCUGGGGAAUCGUUUGGUCAGUGUGGCAGUGAGCAGUGUUCUGUGCUGUAUGUAAGCUACUGUCUGUCAGAAGAUCAGCGAUGGCUGCUGGCUGUUGCAACUGAUGAGCGUGGGGAAAUAUUCGAGACUGCGACUAUUAAUAUCGACAUCCCCAAUCGUAGCCGGAGGAAGAAGGCAUCAGCUAGGCGCAUUGGACUGCAAAAAUUAAUGGAUUUCAUCGUUGGUGUGAUGUCACAGAGUGUUCGACCUUGGAGGCUAGUUGUGGGUCGCAUCGGCAGGAUAGGACAUGGGGAGCUGAAAGGUUGGAGUUGGCUUCUCAGUCGUAAAUCCCUGCUGAAGGCUUCAAAGCACUUAAAAGAGAUUUGUGAGCAGUGCAACCUCAUGUACCCAAAUGAUGUUCCAUGUGUGUUGAGUGCAUGUCUCGUGUCACUGGAACCUGACUCGGCACUGCGACUGAUGCCUGAUCAGUUCACACCAGAUGAGAGGUUUAGCCAGACAGCUGUGAACUGCCAACUAUCAACACCUCAUGAUGUGUCUUGCACACAUAUCCUGGUGUUUCCUACUUCUGCUACAAGUCAGUCUUCUCAGACAGCAUUCCAGGAGCAGCACAUUAAUGACCCGGAGCUUGGUGAUGAUGAGCUGUUCUCAGCUCUGAAUGAUGAUAUGCCUGAAGGAAUAGAGGGCAUGCAAGACUUCAAUGAUAUAUUCUCAUGGCCUGAAACAGGGCCUGGUGGUGCUCAGAGUCCCACAGGUAGCCCUCGAAGAGGGGAUUCACCCUCGCAACCUGGGAGCCCAUCGUGUGGGGUUGGUGGCACCUCAGAUCAGCAUAGUCCCUUUCCUUGCAAUGCAUCUUCACGAGGUGGUGGAGGUCUUGGAGUAGAUACUCAAGAGGAAGUUGGGACAUUACACCAGCAACCAUUAGCACUGGGAUAUUUUGUGUCAACUGCUCCCACAGGUCGAAUGCCCAAGUGGUUCUGGGCCUCUUGCCCACACUUGGAGAAUGUCUGCCCAGCAUUCCUGAAGAAUGCACUGCAUCUCCACAGCCCAGCUAUUCAACAGAAUUCUGAUGACCUCCUGCAGCAGCAGUCAGCUGUCACUGUGCACCCUCUAGACUCUCAGUACACUACAGAUGUGCUCAGAUAUGUCCUUGAAGGUUAUAAUGCAUUAUCGUGGUUAGCACUGGACUCAAACACACGAGACCGUCUGUCCUGCUUGCCAGUACACAUCCAGGCUUUAAUGCAGCUCUACCACAUGACUUCUGCAUUAGUCUGACCUACAUAGUUGCAUAAGACAGUGUAGUUUUUGAAUGAAGUAUGUCCCUGUGCAUCCAGUGUUCAUUAGAGGCAAAGUAUAGCCAUGUUUGUGGUUGUGCCAACAGGUGAAUGAAUGUCUUAGAAGAAAAUACAAGUUAAAUUCUUAAAUUUCAAUAGGAGGAAGAGAGACUUGCCCACACAAGAUGGUCUCAGCAAUAAUCUGUUACAUUAUAGUCUUAAGUUUCAAAACUGUGGUGGUGGAAUGUGGCAUUUUAAGCCACUGUAAAAGUGAAGGAAAGCAAAUGUGGUUCACGUUAAAUCCUCUCCCAAGGAAGCUGACAAUCAUGAUGAUACAAUUAUAAGAAAUCAACUAUUGUUAAGUGGAGAAGUCUGCAUUAUUUUUUUGACUGGCAUGCAAAACUGUAGCCAAAGAUUCACAAAAUAUUCUACAUUGUGUAUAUUUUGUGGGGGACAAAUAAUAAGAAAGCAAUCCAGUCACUGUGAAAAGUAACCAAAGGCAAAAUAAUCCAUUUUAUAUUUUUCUGUUUUCUUUUAUGAAAUAUGAUGGGAAUGAAAUCAGAGUAUAAAAAUUGUCUAGUUUAUUAGUUUUGAAAAACUUUUUUGUUAUUUAUUCUUUAGGUGAAAUUGAGCAUGCUGAAUAAAAUAGUGGUAUUUUAAGCAGGGGGCCAAAUCAUUUUAUGAAGUGUGCUAGCAAACUGCCAAGCAAAAACACAUGAACUGAAACCAUUUUGCAUAUUUUAGGGGUGGUUAAACAUCAAAUGACAGUAAAAAUUUGUUGAAACCAGUUGUGAUGGAGGGUGUUACGUUGUGAUCGAGAUACUACAAGAGUGUGUUCUGAAUGUGGAAAGUUGUGAUUUAUUGUAAGAGUUACAUCAGUUGUCCAUGGCAAAGGAAUCUUUAUUUCCUGUGAUAUGGUACUUUGCCUCGUGAUUUCAUCAGCCAGAUGGACUGCGCCGGUGAUUAUCUCCAGCCCCCUUCCAGAUCAUUUUGGAAGAAAAAACAAUUGACAGAGCCUACUCACAAAAUCCAUACCACCUAAGUGAAUUUGUAAAGACAUUAUUAGCUUUUAUUUCUUCAGUUUUUACAUAAUUUAGGGAAAUGGGAAGUCUUGUAUUAUAACUACCACAUAUAAAUAUACAUAUAACUUUAUAUAUAUAAUUAUCUAUAUAUAAACAAAUUAUAUAUAUAUAUCAUAUAUUAUGAAAUAGUACAAACUGUUGCUUGAUGUUAAUCGAGUAAUUAGUUUACCCCUUCAGUUGGAAUGUGUCCUGUUUUGUAUAUAUCAAUAUUGAAAGUUUGUGUGAAUGGGUAAAUAUGUGAAUGACUAGUUGUAUAUUUUAUGGUGUACAUUUUGUACAGAUGACAUCUUCUAGUUCUAAAAACUGUGUAAUACUGUUAAACAUGUAGCACUUGAGGUUGAUGGAAAAUGCCAUUUUACAGUUAGAAAUUGUCUGGGGCAUCACAGUUUGUAUAUUUUAAACUUUUUUUUUAUAAGAAAAGACUGGAAGUGAGCACAUUAAGUUUGUGUGCAACUGUUAAGGAGCUGAUCAAUGAAAUUCAAAUGGUUUGUGACUUUUGUCCUUGUUCCUUUAUACAAUCUUCUCCCUUUCGAAGUACAAUUGUAAAUUAUGGGUUCAUAUGGGUGAUGUGCCAUGUAUGACAUGUCAUAAGAGUGUUUCCUUGUGUAAAAAGACCAACCUGUGUAGAAUAUGUUGCAGAGAAUUAUUUAUUUUGUAUAUACAUAACAUACAUAAUGCAAAUAUUUGAUGAUUGGUCUGUUUACGCAUCCUGAUCCUUCUCCCCAAGGAAGAAAUGUACAAAGAUUAGAAUCCAUCUACUCUGUUAUGUAAUCACUACAGAAUGGGGGUACUUGUUGAGAAUACAUUUUAUGAGGGGGAGAGACAGUUGCCAAAGGCAGCUGGGCUCAUUCCUGUUUGUUAUUAUAUACCUGAUUCUUUUACAGUUAUCAGUUAACCCUUUGUGGUAAAAAAAUGUACAUAGUUAUUACUUUUUUUUGCCACAGGCAUAUGGAGUACAGUAGAGAUACAUACCCAUUGUCCCUUCCGUGUUCAUCUGUGUUGAGCAGGUGUAAAGUCAGUGUAAAAGCGAACCUCUGCAGGGAUUAACCAGGAAUUGUAACUGAAACAGUUAAAUUGAAAGAAGAUCCAGUGUUCAAAAAGUAAUAAAAAUCCUUCAUGAAAACAUACUUUUACAGAAUGAAUAAAAACUGCUGAAAAUA